ACAAUCUUAAAAAUGGCUAAAAUUCCUAUGCUCACCUGCAAAGCUUUCAAGGUCUUCAUCUAUCUACUAUUGCUAGCUAUCACUUUCACUUGUGCCCAUUCAGCAAGAGUCCUUGAUGAGGUGGAAGCACAACCGCAAGUCGUUGACGACAUACCUCAAACGGCUGGUCUAGCGGUCCCUGCCGCCACCCCAAGCGGUCCGGAAGACGAAGUUGCUGAUCCACCGCUCCCCGAAGCUCCUGCUGCAGUGGCAGCCCCUGAUGAUGAUGAUGAUGAAGCACCAGUAGCUGCUACUCCUGCAGCACUGAUAGCCGGUCACGGAGCGGCGGCGGCUGCGACAAGUGCCACGACUGGAAACCCCGUGACACAUGAGCCUUCAUUGUCAUUUUUCAUGCAUGACAUCCUAGGUGGAUCGCACCCGUCGGCUAGGGUGGUGACCGGUGUGAUUGCGAACUCGGAGAUCAAUGGAAUACCGUUCUCCAAAACCAACAACGACCUUUUUCCGGUACAAGGCGCCGCCCCACUUCUGACUGGCGGGAACAUUAACGACAUAAACAACUUCAACAACCUUAUUAACCCCAACAACGUGCCUUUCCUAUCAGGCCUAACCGGUGCACAAACCAACGCUGUCCUACAAAACACCGGCAACAACGACAAUGUUCUCAACUCCGGCAACCAACCUUUCGUCACCGCUGGACAGCUCCCACCCGGCACUCUUCUGAGGCUCUUGUUCGGUACCAUAACCGUCAUCGACGAUGAACUAACAGAAGCACACGAGUUAGGGUCAGCUGUGCUAGGCAGGGCACAAGGGUUCUAUUUGGCUAGCUCAUUGGAUGGUAACAGCCAAACCAUUGCCCUGACAGUUCUGUUGCAUGGAGGUGAACACGGUCACACCGAAAUCGAGGAUACCAUUAGUUUCUUUGGAGUACAUCGGACAGUGUCGCCGGAAUCGCAGAUCGCAGUGGUUGGUGGAACCGGGAAGUACGAGCACGCAAAAGGGUACGCCACGGUGGAGACACUUCUUCACCAGGAGGAUCAACACAUAACGGAUGGUGUGGAUACAAUCCUGCAUUUCAAUGUUUACCUGACGAUCACCGAGUGAUGUCGGCGUUGCAGCUGGUCAC